AUGUCCAGUCCAGCUAAAAAACGCAAGAGGGAUGAUCCCGGAUCUACACCCCAGCGCUCCCGGAGCAUAGCGUCGUUCUUCCAGGGCCAGGCAGCCAAGCAAGCCGAGAAGACGCAGCAGGCAUUUGAUGCUGUGCCCGAAGUCCCCACGGAACAAACUCUGUCAGACGAGGCGCUUGCUCGUAAGCUGCAGGCCGAAUGGGAUCAGGAGCAUGCGCUUUCAAAUCCGCAAGUCGACACGCCUAGUGAUGAGCCUAUUUCGGCACAAUCAAUCACAGGCGAUAACGAUCGGGAACCGGCCAAAGUGCAGAAGAAAGGCGUCCUGUCACUGCAGUCAUCCACAGGCACGGAGGACACUGUAUCUCUUGCAGUUCCUUUCGAUCAGAGUCCUAUCACGUUCGAUGCCUCCAAAUAUGCGCACGAGCUGCAAGGACACUGGGCUUCGGAAGGUGGCGACGCUUCAUACGCCCUCCUGACCAGAGCUUUUGUGCUCGCAAAUGCCACAACCAGUCGCAUCAAGAUCGUCGAUACAUUGGUCAAUUUUCUCCGCGUGUUGAUUGAGGCCGACCCGUCCAGUGUGCUUCCCGCUGUAUGGCUUGCGACUAAUUCAAUAUCCCCACCAUACGACGAAUUGGAGCUUGGACUUGGCGGGUCCUCGAUAUCAAAAGCGCUCAAAAAGGUGUACGGACUGAACAGCCAAGGCCUUAAAACUCUGUACGACAAGCACGGCGAUGCUGGCGACGUAGCAUUCGAGGCCAAGAAGAGACAGUCUUUUACAUUGAUGAAGCCUAAACCGCUUCGAAUCAAAGGUGUCUACCAGUCGCUCAAGAAGAUAGCUAUGAGCAAAGGGAGUGGAAGCCAGGAGACAAAGCAAAGGAUCGUCGAGAAACUUCUGCAAGAUGCCCGUGGUGCGGAAGAGAGUCGGUACAUUGUUAGAACUCUGGUCCAAAAUCUACGCAUCGGCGCUGUCAAGACUACCAUGCUCAUUGCACUGGCUAGAGCAUUCCUUUACUCCAAACCAGAGGGAGCGGGAUUCUCAAUCUACUCUCAGCGGGAAAUGGCACAGAUGAAGAAAGAGGAGCUAGCUGAGAUCUACGGCAACGCAGAAGAGAUCGUUAAGGCGUCGUAUGCGAGACACCCGGACUACGAUGACCUCGUCCCCUGCUUGCUUGAAGUCGGAGCUACAGAUGAACUUCUUGUCCGCUGUGGUCUUCAGAUACAUAUUCCGUUGAGACCCAUGCUAGGCAGCAUCACGCGGGAUCUGUCAGAUAUGCUAACGAAGCUGCAAGGGCGCGAUUUCAGCUGUGAAUACAAAUAUGACGGGCAGCGUGCGCAAGUGCAUUGCGAUGUACAAGGCAAAGUAUCAAUAUUCUCCCGUCACUUGGAGAAUAUGACGGAGAAAUACCCAGACCUGGUGUCUCUUGUCCCAGAGAUAAGAGGAGAAGGCGUAUCAAGCUUCAUCCUCGAAGGGGAGGUAGUUGCCGUUGAUCAAGAAACGGGGGAACUACAGGCUUUUCAGAUCCUGACCAAUCGCGCGAAGAAGAACGUCGAUAUCGGAGCAAUCAAAGUCAACGUGUGUCUGUUUGCCUUUGACCUAAUGUACCUGAACGGCCAACCACUACUCGACCGAUCAUUCCGCGAGCGAAGAGAGCUGCUACGGAGCUUAUUCGUGGAAAUUCCCAAACGGUUCACCUGGGUGAAGAGUCUCGACGCCACCUCAGCCGACUCCGAAGCAGUAUUAGAGUUUUUCAAGAGUGCCACAGACACCAAAUGCGAAGGCAUCAUGGUCAAAGUGCUCGACAACAUGCCAAAACCUGAUCUCGAAGGAAUUGACACACCAGCUGUCGACACUUCCAACGGAACACCCACCACACCCGGCCAACCAACCACCAACAUGACAGACAACAAACCCUCCAAAAACACCCGCCGAAAAGCCCUCCUCUCCACCUACGAGCCUGACAAGCGCCUCGAAUCCUGGCUCAAAGUCAAAAAAGACUACAGCACUUCAUCAGAAACUCUGGACCUAAUCCCCAUAGCCGGCUGGCACGGCCAAGGCCGCAAAGCGAAAUGGUGGUCACCGAUCCUCCUUGCGGUUCGAAACCCAGAAACCGGAAGUCUCGAAGCCGUAACGAAGUGCAUGUCGGGCUUCACGGACAAAUUCUACCAAGCCAACAAGGACAAGUACGCGGAGGGUACCCCCAACGUCAUCUCCCGCCCCAGCUACGUCGAAUACUACGGCGAGCCGGACGUGUGGUUCGAACCGCAGGAAGUUUGGGAGAUGGCCUUCGCAGAUAUCACGCUGAGUCCUACGUACACGGCCGCUCUGGGAUUAGUUAGCGAUGAACGGGGUCUGAGUUUGCGGUUUCCUCGAUUUCUCAAAGUCAGAGAGGAUAAAUCGAUCGAUGAGGCGACCACGUCUGACUAUCUGGCUUAUUUGUGGAGGAAACAGUCGGAACGGACGAAGCAGGAGGGGGGUGAGCCAUUGGCUGAGGAGCAGGAAGAGUAA